AUGUCAACAACAUCACCACUCUUACUGCUCGAUGAUGAGCGUAAAGCUCAAUUGGAUUUAUUAAACAAGAUCGAUGAAUCUGCUGCUGUUGAAAUUUGUAAAGCUGCUUUGGGUUAUCUAUCGACAGGAUUAAAUACAAAAUUAAUCACUACUGCAGCUAAUAAUCUUCAAUUAGACGUUGAAACUGUUCGAACAACAAUCGAUAGUCUUUUAUGGUUAUAUACAGAAUGUGCUAAAACUAAAAUUUUACCUGAGACACUCGAUGAAUCAUUAAAAUUACUUGGUUAUAAGACACAAAUUCGACAAGCUUUUAUUGAAUGUUAUACAUCACAAGCUAGUCAAUUACAAACAAUACUUGCUACUGAUCUUGCUCUUUCAUUACCUCAUUAUAAAAAUUUAAAUUGGCGAUUUGAUGUUCAAAUUGCUACAAGAAGUAUGCGUAGUAGAAAACAAUUUGAUCCAUUUUUUAUUCUUAAAUUAACAUUAAUCAAUGGUACUAAUGGUAAAGAACAAGUUCAUUUAUUAGAAAUUGAUCCAUUAACACUUGUACACAUUGUUGAACAACUUGAAUUGGCUAUGAAUGAAUCAAGAAGUAAUCAUGCUCGACGAAUUAUGCAAACAUUCCGAUAA